UCCCAAAAGAAAAUAACAUGGAUAACAAGCCUACCUCUGGUGAAGCUGUUGAGUCCAUUUAUGGCAAAGAAUUUCAGCAGGCUCAUCUCUGCGUGCUUCAAAACACUGAUGAAUUUAGAAGCUACUUUUUGGAACACAUGGAGCAUUUGAAGAGGGAGCUCCCCAAGUACAAAAAGAAUGAAAAGUGGUUGGUGGACAAACAAAACAUGACUUUUGCUCAAUGGGUGAAGGAGAGGGUUGAAUCAAAGCUUGCAGAACCAGAUUGUGACAUCCUCGAGAUUGUGAGGUGGCUAGCAGAUCAACCGAGCAAUGAAGUCCCGAAGUUUAGUGGUUACCAUAUAGGGGAAGUGAAAUAUAACACUAAGUGGCGCGAUGAUCUUCGGUCGACACAAAGCAGUGGGGUUUAUUGGUUGCUAAGACACCUCAAGUAGCUAGUGCUAAGGAUAAAAACCCUAUUACUAAUGACAUGAGUUUCUAUAGGGUGAUUACCGAAAUAGGGAGCUUGACUAUGGUCAUUUUAGGAUUCCUAUUUUUAAGUGUGAUUGGGUAGAGAAUCAGAAGGGUGUUAGAGUAGAUGAUCUUGGGUUCACUUUGGAUAAUUUGAAUAGGAAAGGUUAUCUAAACGACAUUUUCGUUUU